UGCAUGGUUAUGGUUAUUGCUUGCUUUGUGCUUGCUUAUGCAGCCGGCUCAGCUUCUGGCGGAGAUUUCUGGAUUUCUGUGUGUUUUGCCUCUUGCUGGAACCUUUUGAGGCCGGAGAUCUUUUAGUUUUUGGUGGAAGGAGCGAAUUUGUCGAGAUUGAACCCCUAGGCACUCGGUGUUCGAGUUUGAGUUCUUUGAUCUAUUUCGGAAAUUUCUGCACGUUAAUCGCUCGGUUUCGUUGAAACUGGCGUCAUUUGCGGCUCAUAACAAAUCUUGUAGUUCUAUCAUCUUCUUGUACGGGUCGUACCUCAUGCAGAUCUUGUAAGGAAAACCGGGACUCUUUUUGUGCUUGUUGAUAAUCAUCUAAAAGGCGUCGAUACAUAUUGUUAGCUAAGCAAGACACACCCACAGGCGCUUCAGCAUAAGUUCUUCCUUCUAAAAACAAAAUGGUGGCAUUUGGGAAAAGGCUAAAGGAGCAUCAGUUUCCAGAAUGGGAAAGGUAUUAUAUCAACUACAAGCUAAUGAAAAAAAAGGUCAGGCAGUAUGCCCGUCAGAUUCAGGAUGGAGCAGAAAAUCGACGUCAAGUGAUGAAAGAGUUCUCCCGGAUGUUAGAUCACCAGAUUGAGAAGAUCGUCUUGUUUCUAUUGGAACAACAAGGGAUCCUUGCAAGCCGCAUAGAAAAGCUAGGGGAGCAGCGUGAGAUUCUUCUGCAACAGCCUGCUAUUGCUGAAAUAGUUGAACUUCGGGAGGCAUAUAGAGCUGUGGGACAAGAUCUUUUGAGGCUUCUGUACUUUGUUGAGGUCAAUGCUAUUGGUCUGAGAAAGAUACUGAAGAAAUUUGACAAACGGUUUGGUUAUAGAUUUACUGAUUACUAUGUGACAACUCGGGCAAAUCAUCCUUAUUCUCAACUUCAGCAAGUGUUCAAGCAUGUGGGCAUUGGAGCUGUAGUGGGUGCAUUAUCUCGUAAUCUUGCUGACCUCAAGGACCAUCAGGGAAGCUAUUUAUCGAUUUAUGAUCAGCCAGCUGCUGCUUUGCAGGAUCCUGUUAUUGAAUCCAUUAAGGCAGCCGUGGACCGGCUGACACACUCCACAAAUUUUCUCAAAUUCUUGGGGCAGCAUGCACUUAUUAUUCAGGAUGAGUUGCCGGCACCACCAUCUGAGGAAAUCAUUGAUGAAGAGAGAUACCAUUUCAUGUCAUUGGUCUUGAACUUGGCAAAUACAUUCCUCUAUAUGGUUAAUACCUAUAUUAUUGUGCCGACUGCAGAUGACUACUCAAUGAGCCUUGGAGCUGCUCCAACUGUAUGUGGUAUAAUAAUUGGGUCAAUGGCUGUUGCUCAAGUGUUCUCCUCUGUAUAUUUCAGUGCAUGGUCAAACAGAUCAUACUUCAGGCCUCUUAUUUUUAGCAGCAUUGUUCUUCUUCUGGGCAAUACAUUGUAUGCGUUGGCUUAUGAUCUUGAUUCCAUAAGCAUACUCUUAAUUGGACGCCUUUUCUGUGGAUUGGGUUCAGCCCGAGCUGUUAAUCGGCGUUACAUUAGCGACUGCGUGCCUACGAAAAUACGAAUGCAAGCAUCAGCAGCAUUUGUUAGUGCUAGUGCUCUGGGAAUGGCAUGUGGUCCUGCUCUUGCGGGACUGCUUCAAACAAAUUUUAGGUUUUCAAUGCUCACAAUCAAUGAAAACACUUUACCAGGGUGGGUGAUGGCUCUGGCGUGGUUAAUUUAUCUGAUUUGGUUGUGGAUUUCAUUCAGAGAGCCUGCUCGUGAAGCUCCACAAAACAAUUCAACCAAGGAGCCUAAUAUUGUCUGUCUGCCAGUAGGUACAGAAAAUAUCCAAUCACUGGAAAAUGGACUUGCUCAGCCCCUUCUUUCAAAUGGAGAUGAGAAGGUGCAGGAUGAAGAUGUGGAUCAGGAAUUUGAUGGCAGUGAAGAAGCUCCAGAGGAAUCUCACAGGCCCGCUACAACUAUUGUGUCUGCAUACAGAUUACUUACUCCAUCGGUGAAGGUGCAAUUGCUGAUCUAUUUUAUGCUAAAGUAUGCAAUGGAGAUUGUACUGUCAGAAUCAAGUGUCAUUACAACAUUCUACUUCAAUUGGUCUACAACCAAUGUGGCUAUAUUCCUUGCAUGUCUUGGUCUCACUGUGCUGCCUGUAAAUAUCAUAGUUGGUACCUACCUUAGCAAUAUGUUUGAGGAAAGGCAAAUUUUGCUGGCUUCAGAGAUCUUUGUAUUCAUUGGCAUCAUGUUGAGCUUCCAUAUUAUAGUCCCAUAUACUCUCCCACAAUAUGUCACAUCUGCACUUAUCACGUUUGUUGCUGCAGAAGUUCUGGAAGGUGUGAAUCUGUCACUGCUCUCUCAAGUCAUGUCAUCGAGGCUGGCUAGGGGCACAUACAACGGCGGUUUGCUAUCCACCGAGGCGGGAACAUUGGCUCGUGUAGUAGCAGACGCCACGAUCACUUUGGCUGGUUACUUGGGUCAGAGCAUGCUUCUAAACGUUACCCUCCUUCCAUCGCUAGCAAUAUGUGUGGGCUCCUUGAUUGCGACGUUUCUGACGUACAACUCUCUCUAUUGAUGCUCUUCCGCUUGUAUCAACGUGUACAUAGUAGAGCUUAUCGAUAUCUUCGAGCGCGUUGAAUUUUUGUCUGGCUCUGUCCUAAGCGGACGUCAUAAAGGGUUAAAUGGCGGACCUCACGUGCUUGCAUCUUCAUUUCUGCAAUAAAAUAUGAUAUCGUCACGUGAUGCCA